CAAGCCACGGGCACUGCAACAGCAAAAAACAAAAGAAACGAGCGGUUACCGAUUGGAAGGAAGGGAGAGGGGCCACCCGCCACUCACCCCCGCCCCCUCCUUCUAUUGGAUUGAUUUAUUCCCCCUCCACCACCACCACCAUUUAAACCCCCUCCCUCCCCUCCUCCAUUCCUUCUCUCUCCGCUGCAAUGCGGUGGGGAUCCGCGCCCGUCUCUUAAGUUAGUCUCUCUUGUCGCUCGGGCGCUCUCCUCCUCGGAUCUCGAUACCCCUGCCCCGACCAGGCCCGCCCGACGGCCGCCCUCGCUUAUUACCGGAUCUAAUGGGGAUGUACGAGCUCAUCAAGGGGGACGACAACAGCGGGAUCGCCGAUCCGAACAAGAACCUCGUCGUCAUCGACGGCGACGAUGGCCUCCCCCACAAGGGCGACAUCGAGUCCGGCAAAAAGGUCUCCAGAUCCUCGACGGUCGCCGCCGUGGCCGCCCUCCCCGCCUCUGCCCCCUCCUCCGCCCCCUCCUCCCCCAGGAGGUGGCACCGCCUCGUCUCGCUCGACGUCUUCCGGGGAAUCACCGUCGCGCUGAUGAUCCUGGUAGAUGAUGCUGGAGCAUUUGUUCCAGGGAUCAAUCAUUCUCCAUGGGAUGGUGUAACCCUCGCUGAUUUUGUUAUGCCAUUUUUCUUGUUCAUUGUUGGAGUUGCGAUGGGACUCGCAUACAAGAGAGUCUCAGACGGAGUUGCAACAGCCAAGAAGGCUGUACUGCGGGCACUGAAGCUAUUCAUUUUAGGUCUUGUUCUCCAAGGUGGCUAUUUUCACGGCAUUCACAAUCUAACUUUUGGAGUUGAUAUUACGAGUAUACGAUGGAUGGGCGUACUACAGAGAAUUGCAAUAGCCUAUCUGUUGGCAGCAAUAUGUGAAAUUUGGCUUAGAAGUGAUGACGAUGUGGAUUCUGGAUAUUCCUUGCUGAGAAAAUACCGAUUCCAAUUGUUGGUGGGUUUGAUUCUUACUACCAUUUACAUGGCCAUCUUAUAUGGGUUGUACGUUCCUGACUGGGAGUAUGAGAUAUCAGGGGCGCGCUCCAGUGGCAAGACCUUCUCAGUGAGGUGUGGAGUCAAGGGUGACACUGGACCUGCUUGCAAUGCUGUUGGCAUGAUUGACCGCAAAAUCCUGGGCAUCCAACAUCUAUACAAACGCCCAGUCUAUGAAAGGACAAAGCAAUGCAGCAUAAAUUCACCAGAUAACGGCCCACUUCCACCUGAUGCUCCUUCCUGGUGUCAGGCCCCUUUUGAUCCUGAAGGGCUACUUAGUUCCGUAAUGGCUAUUGUUACCUGCUUGAUUGGUUUGCAAUUUGGGCAUGUUAUUGUGCACUUUGAGGAUCACAAGGAUAGAAUCUUCCAGUGGAUGAUUCCUUCCUUCAUUCUUUUAGCUUUGGCCUUUUCACUGGACUUUCUCGGACUGCACAUGAACAAGGCUCUGUACUCGUUAAGUUACACUUGUGUCACUGCUGGGGCAGCUGGGAUUCUCUUUGCUGGAAUCUAUUUGCUGGUUGAUGUCUAUGGCUUUAGGCGACCGACCUUUGCCAUGGAAUGGAUGGGAACGCAUGCGUUGAUGAUAUACAUCCUGAUCGCCUGUAACAUCUUGCCGGUUCUGAUACAGGGGUUUUAUUGGAGGGAACCUCAGAACAAUCUUUUGAAGGUUCUUGGAAUUUGAUCGUCGUCCAAAGCAUUGGUGGGAGAAUCGGGCACUUUGCGUUGCAUUGGUUCGGUGGAGGCUGCAUAUGACUCUUGCUUUGCCAAACGUUAGCCCAUUUCGACACCCUCUCAAGGGAUUGAGUAGGGGCUGGGCCUCAAUUUUGACUACGGUAGGGGAAUGGUAAUUUUGUUGCAGGGUUUGCUGUUCUCCGCUGCAGGGCCUUCUUUUGAGCCAGUAAAGUGGUAAUUGAAAUGUAGUACACAGAUAAAGAAUGCAAUCUGGUAUAAUCUCGGUCUGAGGAAGACUAGAUCAGGCUGGUAAGGGCCGUCCAUAAUAAUAAUGGUUAGGAAAGAAUGCAGCACGGAGCCGUACCUAAGUAAUAGGUACCGUAGCAUUUGAUUCCCAGUGUAUGGCAUAUUUCUGCACAUUGUAUUGUAGUACGUACCUAAGCUUUUAACGAAGGUGUGCUUGCCAUCUUCUCAUUUGAUA